ACAAGGCGGAUGUAUUGCAUGAACGUUCAGCAGAGGACUAUCGCCAUUAUGCGUAAGUUUGUCGACGGGCCUUGCGUUCAUGCAGGCCGUGAACUCCGUUCUGGGUGUAACCUCCCUCUUCUUGAUGCCGGGACGGCGUCAAAUAAUAGGACCCGCUAAUUGUGAUCGGUUGUGGCAAAGUCUUGUAGCUGCUAGUGGGCAUGCCACUCGGGUCCCUCCUCUUACGGUCGCUGCUGCUCGUAUUCCUUUGUCCAAAACCUGGAAGACCAUUUUACGAGCAAGAACCCCUGUAUAGAAUGGCACGACUCAAUCUGCCAUUCCAGCCCGUGCCACGCGAGCCUCGCUUACACGGCAGAUCAUUCCACGUGGAUAGGAAUGGCGCUGCACCAGUACCAUCAAUUGUCGGGCGGUUACUUCCAUCACAUCUACGAUUCGGAUCGCUCGUCUAAGUACGUGAAGACGACAGCAUUGCAAUCUUUGGCAGGCUGGAACAGCCGAGCACACCGUACCAGGUAACGUGGUCUGCAGCGCAACUUGAGGAAUAGGAGCAUGCCCUCGCCCUUUGUGAGCUGCACACAAGCGCGACCGAACAAUGAGAGGGACAAAGAAAAAUAAUAGGCUACGCCGAGGGCACUAGUUUGGUAGAUGGUUCCCAUUGUCGUAUUCGUCGGAGAAGCUCUUAGGGGAAGAUGAAACUCGACCUGAUCGGUACGGCAUCUAUCUCCACUCCGAAGGUGACCUUAUAAACGAACCAAUUUCCGGUCUUCACAUGGUCACUUUCGCCACCCUUGGUCAGACUCAAAAGGUCUCCUAGCCUUCUUUCGUUUAUUUCCCUCCUCGCGCGACUAUUCCUCCAUCCGGAGUGCGCGACGUGCUCUUAUUCACCGACGAUACGCUUGGGCCUUCGUGUCAUCACCCUUUAUAUUCACUCUGCUUCUGGUCGGCGUCACCAUUCUUACUGCCCAGUCCCCCUCAUACGACUUUGCCUCUGGAUCUUAUAACCAAUGACUUCAGUCGCAUCCAUGCCAAUAAGUCGUAUGCAUUCUCCCGAUGGCUUUCAUGGUGGGGCGCACUCCGCCGUGUACUCAUCUGGACAUCAGUAUUACAUGUCAAGCCCAACGCUACAUAAUGCUUCCCCCCAACAUCGCCCUUCGCCAAUUCGAUCAGCUUCCAAUGUAAUCGUAUCUCCUCGAGGACAAUUCCGUAUCUCUCAUUAUCGCUCGAUCGAGGGAGAGGCUGGUGCAUGCAUCGUGAUUGCCGUCGAUUUUUGCCACCAAACCAACGAAACAACUUUCCUGCGUCUCGUCCUGGGACGACGGGCUCUGACUACUGCUGUCCGUCAUAUACCCGAAUGUCGUUACGGGGCUUGGGAGCUGGAAGCUGUGGUCCCACUGCCGGACGAUUUUGCCAACCCUUCGACUCCCGUUCCGCUAUCCGUGCAAGCCCUCAACAGUGACAACUCAAUUUUAGAUUCGGUGAUAGCUGGUAACUUCGUGUACUGCUCUUCUCCCGGACCUGUCUAUAGCACUUCCAUACCGCGUCGCGUGGGUCAUUCAAUUAAACAGAGCAAUAGCUCAGAGAACCUCCUCCUGGCCGACUCAAUGGCUUCUCCGCGCACUUCCUUGGUUACCAUCUCCUCUAAAGCGUUUGAUGCGCCCGGCUCACGGAUGCGUCAUCCCAUGCCUCGUUCCUGUAGUAGCCGCUCUCGCAAUGGCAAGGCAUCGUCACAAAGUCUUCGGCCUAGGAAGAAGCAGGCUCUCAUGCGGACCAGGCGCUUUGGACCUGGCGAGAACAUGCCUGACUCGCAAAGAGUGAUCCUAGAUGUUGGUUCUCCAGUGGAGACCAUGGCCGUUGAUUGGACAGAUGAGGAGGUCAAAGUCGGUCGCCGGCUCAUUCGCUUUUAUUCGCAACAGAACGGCACAAAGCUUACCGUCACUUGUGACCACAUCAAGCAGGACGAUUAUCACGAAGGCGACGCAGUUGUGUCUUGCAUCUAUCGCAAGGACACUAACAGUUGUUAUGUGACGUCUGUCGACAUCAUCUGCCUCUUGGAGAGCUUGACCAACGAGAGCUUCGAGAUCGAAGAGAAAAAUCGGAUACGACGUAAUCUCGAGGGUUUCCGUCCGAAGACGGUAUCGAAGAACCGUUCGGGAUCUGAAGACUUCUUCCAACAAAUUAUGGACUUCCCCGCACCCAAGCCGCGUAAUAUCGAGAAGGAUGUUAAGGUGUUUGAUUGGAACGUUCUUCCUCAAGCUUUAGACAAGAUCAUUUCCAAAUACUCGCUCUAUUCCGAUCUCGAGUCCGGUUCGGUUAUGGUCAAUGCCAACUGCUAUUCUCGUACAUCAUCAAGUCCCCCUUCGGAUAUGAUGCCUAUCAUGGGUCCAUCACACUCACCCAGUCCCUAUGACAGUGAUCGAAUGACGGGUUCUUUGCAUUACGCAUCAGACGGUGCCUUUGCCAGCGCCAGUAUGCAUGGUAGUGGCUUCAGUCAGCGUUCCGCGGAUAUGCCGUAUUAUGCCCGCUCUGAUGCAGUGGGAUCCUAUUCGUCUUUUGUGGAGUCUCCAGCUACCGCAUCCUCCUUCUCCGGGACACCUUCGCCUCGCUCACAUUCCUCGUUUGGCGACGCCCAGUGCGACCCGCGCAUUUUCACACCGGAGAUGCAUUCCCUCUACCCUUGUAACCCGAUGCCUGGUGCCGCAUCCAUGUCAUCCCUUACAGUUAACUCCACCGCGCCCUCAGACGGUUUACUCUUUGAUGAUGAAUUCUCAUCGCUCAACUCUGAUUGUCAACCACUUAUGCCAAAUCAGGGUGCGGCAUCUCUUGAUUCGUUCUCCCUUAAGUUCUCUUAAAUCCCAUUGAAACCCCCUUGACAUUUUUAUAUACCCAAGCCACCCUGUAGCCUUACAUAUUCGGUUCGAUUCAUUCGGUUUUCGGUUUCUGUGCCAUAGAGCAGCGCCUUUAUACUUGUCUGCAUAUGUUACUUCACCCGCCUUCGGGCUACUACCCACUGUAUCAAUUAACUAUUUACUUCCUGGGC